AUGACUAAGAAACAAGGUGAUCGUGUAAAGGAGGAAGAAGGAAUAGAAAGUGAUAGUGAUGAAGAUGUAGAAGAUCAAGUGGUGGUAAGUACAGAAUCGAAUAACAAAAGAGGAGGAAAACCAGGUAGUCGCGGACGAGGUAGAGGAGGCAGACGUAGAUUAGUUAAAAAGAAAACUUUAAGGGGAUCGUGGGUUGACCGAGCGGUAGGCCAAAGCGCCCGGUAUGGAGAGGUUGAAUCAGUGCUUGCACUGGUUACUUCAAUGUGA